GUCGCCACGCGCCCCGUCACCACUCGGGAGACCCUGCCCCUCCCAACUCCUGGCCCCCAGGCCUGUGGCGGCUGGGUCCGUUGGAGGCAGUACUAUGGAGGAAGAGCCUAUCGAAGGGUUGCCCGACCACCGCGGCUCAGGCGAGGCGAACUCGUCCAGCGACAUCCGGGACCUGUGGACCACCACCUCACUGUCGGAGUCACAACAGAACCUGCCGCUGUUCAAGGUCUGCGAGAACUUCGACGAAGAGGGUAUCUACGUAGACAAGACUCAGUGGUACAAACAAACCCGCGUCUGGGAAGAUGAUGAAGAGGACGAGAGCCACAGCUUCCCAGAGGAACCGCAGGAAGGCAGCUCCACGGAGCCCCCCGCGGGGAAGAAGGGAGACAGUUCCAGGAGCAAGGCCGAAAAACGUCACUCAAUGUCAUCGGUGGAAGGCUCCAGACAUGCACCCCAUCUAGCCUACUGGGCAGAGCAGCAGAACAGGCUGCCACUGCCCCUGAGGGAGCUCAUGAAGAAUGAAGCUCUGGAAAUUCUCAACAAAACCCUCCGGAGCUACCGGUCAGGAAUUGGCAGGGACCAUUUCCUGACCAAGGAGCUGCAGCGAUACAUCGAAGGGAUCAAGAAGCGCCAGGACACGGGACAGAACAUCUGAAACUAAGAACACCACCUCGGUCUCUCAGCAGCAGCCCGACUCCAGCGCCGUGCCCUGCCCGGCCCCCAGACCCAAGCCCGACCCUGUCUGCGUGGAAUUUUAGCCCUAGAUAAAUAAAAGAGUCUGUGCACGGUCCUUGAA